AAGGGGAGGAUCACAGGCUCAAAAAAGUAUAAAAUUCCUCUGGUAGCAAACUUCCAGACAUUCCAAAGUUUUAGUUUGCAGUGAACCAUGAUGUCCUUCAAGACUGCACUGGGUCUGCUUCUCCUGUCCACAGUGGUCAUGCUGGCUGAAUCCUCAUGGGGCAAUGGGAAAGGAAACUCUUACAGUUAUGACCUUUCCAAAAUGUCUGACCUAAGAAAGCUAUACAACUCCAAAGUUUUCAUGGCAGAGAGGAUGACCAGGCCUCUGGAGGGGAUGUCUUUCCAAUUAGGCAAACUUAGCCACUCUGGAGUCAGAGUUACUCUAGAAGACGGGACUAAAUGGCUGGUCCAUAAAGGAGACGGCUAUGGCAUCUCAACCCAGACUGUUGUUGUGGCUGCCCGUCAUAUAAGCAGUAACUGGAAGAUUGUUGAGACAAAAGAUUUUCGGGGGAGCAAGACAGUGUCAGAUUUUGUGAAGGCCGGAGGAACAAAUUACAAACUUUUGUUUGAUAACUGCCAUGAUGCAGCCGACCGGAUGAUGGGUCAUUAAAUUAAAAACAAUUAUGUUAGUAUGUUGUAUGUGAAGAAAGCAUCACUUUUAAUACUUUAAAUAAUAAUAAUAAUAAAUGUAAUAAUGCAUUCUUAAUUGUUACACUGUUGUGUUUCUUAAAUAUCUUUUAAAUGUAUGAUUGUGUUUCAAUGUAUUAACCCUAAAUAUACUUAAAUAUAUUUGAA